AUCGAAUUAAACAGUUGCACUGCAAGCAUCACCAUCACAGCAUCAGCUUUUUAGCAAAAAGAAAAUAAAAACCAUUCUUAACAAGAUGUACAAAUAUCUCUUCUGCUUGGCUAUCAUUGGCUUCGCCUGCGCCGACAAUAUCAACAAAGAUGCCCAGAUUCGUAGCUUCCAGAAUGAUGCCACCGACGCCGAAGGAAAUUACCAGUAUGCCUACGAGACCAGUAAUGGCAUCCAGUUCCAGGAGGCGGGUAAUCCCAAUGGUGCUCGUGGUGCCGUGAACUAUGUGUCGCCUGAAGGCGAGCACAUCUCGCUGACCUACACAGCCGACGAAGAAGGCUUCCAUCCUGUGGGCGACCACUUGCCUACCCCACCACCAGUUCCAGCAUACAUCCUGCGCGCUUUGGAAUACAUUCGCUCCCAUCCUCCUGCGCCCGCCCAGAAGGAUCAGCAGUAAUCCGUAAAAUCAUCAAUGCCAGCACUCCUCACAGCACAGUAAUUCCAUAUCGGCCAGUCAUUGUUAUUUUAGGACGUUUCAGUAGUUACCGUUAAUAAAGAACGUCGAUAAAAAUA